AAUAUAGCAAACCAAAACUUUCCUUUUUCAUUUAUACAUAAAUGGGUUUUUAUUUAGACCAACUUGCUAGUUAAAAGAAAAAAAGCAUAGACUUAUAGAGAGAUUUUAGAGAGAGAUUUUAGAGAGAGAAAGUGAGAUGAAUAUGGAAAGGUGGGUCUAGUGAGACUGUGAGAGUCUAACCAUUGAUGGUUACUACCCAAAAAAGGCAACCCAGACUCAAAUAAAGAAUAAAUCAAUCACAACUCACCUGCCUCACUGAUUUAUACCCAGAAAAAUAAAUACCCAAAUAAUUUUUUUUUUUUUUUUUAAAAAAAUUGUGGGUUUCUGUUAAAUUUGUGUAGUUUCCCUUAAAAAAUUACAUAUCUAAGUUUCUCUUUGGAUUCUUUCUUCUGGGUUCAGCUCCAUUUUUCCUGAAGAGAUCCAUAUUUUCUGGGUUUAUCUUCUAUCAUAAUUAUUGAGGUAAAAAAUGGUGAGAGGAAAGACACAAAUGAAGAGGAUAGAAAAUGCGACGAGCAGACAAGUGACGUUUUCUAAGAGACGAAAUGGAUUGUUGAAGAAAGCUUUUGAGUUAUCAGUUCUUUGUGAUGCUGAAGUUGCUCUUAUUAUUUUCUCUCCAAGAGGAAAACUUUAUGAAUUUGCAAGUUGUAGUAUGCAGGAAACUAUUGGACGAUAUCAGAGGCACAUUAGAGAUGUGCAACCUGCCAAGGAUGCAUCUCGGGAAGAAAAUAUGCAGAACUUGAAGGAGGAAACUGCGAUUUUGGUCAAGAAGAUUGAGGCGGUUGAAGCUUCAAAACGGAGACUUCUGGGAGAGAAUUUGGGGUCAUGCACUUUAGAAGAGCUGCAGCAGCUGGAAAACCAGCUGGAAAGAAGUGUAAGCAUAAUCAGAGCAAAAAAGAAUCAAGUUUUCAAUGAACAAAUACAGCAGUUGAGAGAAAAGGAGAAGCAUCUUUCUGCUGAAAAUACAAGGCUUACUGAAAAGUAUGAAACACUACCAAACGAAGCUCAAACCCAGCCAAUAACAGAAGAUGCAUCACCAUCUGAAGAUACAACUAGCCAAAUUUCUGACGUCGAAACCGAUCUAUUUAUCGGAUUGCCGGAGAGUAGAAUUAGACGUCUUGGCAAUGCAUAAUUAGCUGGUUAAGUUUGCCAGUUUAUAUGUUUCAGAUAUAUAUAUAUAUAGUUCAUGUACAAGGUUGUAUGAGGCUAAUGGAGAUGUAUGCUUUUCUGUUGCACUUGAAUCUUCUAAGGCAUUUGCAUCAUUUAGGAGGUAUCUACUCCAAUGAAUUA